CCGAUAUUCUCUUGCGGGGUCAAACCCGCUUGCAGACUACUACUCCAUGGCGAAGAAAAAGAAAUCAGGGCCGCCGUACGACUAUUCGAAGUCUGAGAAUGCGUAUCUCCUCGUGGUCUGGUGCUAUGGGAUGGACAACGACCGGCCGUCCGAGAGAACACAGAUCGAUGUCGACAGAGCUGGGACGUUCAUUGAGGCUGCUACGGGAUACCUACCUAAUCGGAUCUUCACUCGAAAAACCGUAAGUACAGUGAUGAGGAACUGCAACCUGUUGUGUGCGUGAAAGCGUGGUGACGCUUGAGGCGCGAACUCCUCGAACGGCACCAUAACACUGUGUUCCUUCAUGCAGGAGAUGGUUGUCAUUGUCGAGCUUCCCAAAGAGGUGGAUUUCACCCCUUUGUAUGGCGCACAUAGAUGGUCCGAGUUUGUAGAGUCAAAGUACCUUAAACGUCAUCAAGUCCCGAAUAUGACUACUUUCUUUGAGUACAACUACGUAACACAUGGACCACCUGAACG